AUGCUGGUACUUCAAGUAACACAAAUUGUAGUUCAUUGGGCAAAAAAAGAAUAUUGUAUAAGAAGUGUUGAUCUUGGGCAUAAUCAUAUUUUGGACUCUACUACAAUUAUGUUUGAUCCUGAUCUUGCACUUAUCUCUGCAAUUCGAACAAAAUUGCCACAUAUCAAACAUCAGCUUUGUGUUUGGCAUGUUGAGCAAAAUAUAGUUAAAAACUUAAAUAACAAGCUCAAAGACAAAUUUAUAGCAUUUAGCAAAGAUUUCAAAGCAGUAAUAAUAGAAACUUCAGUAGAACAAUUUAAUAUUUGGUGGGAUUGUUUAUUAACUGAAUAUACUAAGGCUAGCACUUAUAUGAAAGAGCAAAUAAGAACAACACAACAAUCAGAAGCUACUAAUGCACACUUAAAAUGUUUACUUAAUCAUAUAGCACCUUUAUUUGAAUUAAUUAAUGCACUAGAAAAACUAACUCAUCACCAACUUCAGCGUUAUCAAUAUCAGCAGUUUAU